AUGGCACCCAGAGUCAAGCAAACUGCAAGAAAAAGAACCCUGCAGAUUGAAGGGCACGAAUUUCCAUGGGUUCAGCUGGUGUUGCCAUUGGUGCCCAUCCCGGAUUCAGACGAUGAUGAAGGAAAUAGUGUGGAGAUCGAAAGAUGUUUGAAUGAACCAAGGGAAUGGAACCUCUUUCUCACAAACAAGGCAUUAGAAGUUAGUACUGAGGCGAUCAGGGAAGUUUUGGGAUUGCCUAAGGUGAACAAUGACUGGAAAACUGAUGUUGCUAGUCUACCUAUGAAGGAAGAUAUAUGGGAUUCCAUCAAGAGGGUCCUCUGCAAUGAUCAUAAGUACACCAACUGGACCCUGGAUAAGCAUGGUAACCCUAAAUCGUUCGAAGCAAAGCAUCUCAAAGAGCAACACAAGAGCUGGUUCAACUUUGUGUGCACAAAUCUCCUACCCAGCAACUCUCAACAAUAA